AUGAAGUUCACAUUCAAAACCCCAUUAAAUUCAUUAUUUAAAGUAAAGUUACCAAAAUUUGAUGUUAACUUAGAGCAUACCAUCCGUACCAAAUUAGAUUCCUUACCCUCAUUAACCAAAAUCUACACCAACCCUGACGGUACACCAAGAAUUCCAAGCGAUGAAGAAUUCAAAGUCAUUGCCGAUUUACAAAACUUAUAUUAUCAAAGAAACCAUUCUUCAUGGAAUUAUAUAAUCCCUGGAAUCCCAAAGAAAGAUCUUGAAUUAUUCCAAGACAAUUCCCAAGAUUUAGAGCAUUUCCAAUUCGUCACAAAAGAUAGUGGUAAAAUAAUCGAUAAAAUUCCUUACAAAGAUGAUACCACUGGAGAAUUGAAAUGGAAAAUCAUCAGAGAAACUGAAAAAGCUGAAGGAUGGGAAUUACCAUAUUUUUACAUAGUUUUGCCUAUUUUCCUUUAUGCUGUUUAUGCUAAAUAUACCAAACAAAUGAAAUUAAGAGAUUUAGAAGGUCCAGAAUGGGCAGAAAAAGAAUUAAGAUUAAGAGCUAUGGAAAAAUACUUCGGAAGUACCGAAAAGGCCAAAGAAUUCUUAAGUAAUGAAGGUAAAUCAGAAGCUGAACUCAAGGAAAGAGACGAUUUAGUUAUUGCUAGAAUCUUAGCAGGUGAUUAUGAUAAAUUAUCUGAAUUAAAGAAAAAUCUUAACUUGAAAGAAGAAGAAAAGAAUCCAAUUCUUAAUAUUUAA